AUGGUGUCUUUUGUAUCCUGCGUGGAUCAAUCCAGAAGCUCCAGACCUGACCCCAGCUGGGCAAUGCAUGUUUUGCUGCAAGAGGUGAAAUCAUCUUGGAAGGGUGUGCAAUCCCGCUUGAAGAAGUGGCGACCAGAACCAGAGCGCUUGCUGGAGACUCUGCCCGCUACUUUUGAUGAGCUCCCUGAAGUCAUCAAGGGAAAUAUGGGUUGGAGCGACCGGCAGAGAGCGAAGCCAGACCAGUGUCUGCGUCGACGCUGGCGGCGCACACAUGCUUCGCAAGUGCGUCUGCGAAACACCAAUGCCAACCACGCGCAGAAUCCUCGCCAAAUGGCGGCAGUGUCUUCGCAAUCGAUGAUGGGAGCUGUGGGUAACGUGGCCAUGCAGCUGCUGCAGUUACAGCAGCUGCAAGCCGCCUCCGUUGCAGCCUUGCCGAACUUGCAAGUAUUUACAGAGAACCUGCGAGGGGGAACGGGACACCACUCACAGACUCCUCCGUCGCGCGCGGAGGCGCCUGCCCAGAGCCCACAGUCCAAGAGGCCAUUGAAAGCUCUGAUGGAUAGCCCUUGGAAUGAGAGCAAGCAGGAGAGGCAGAAGAUGUCUGAUAACAAGGCGCCCGCUCCUGCGCAGGAGGAGCGCGCGAAAGAGGAUGCAUCGACCGACCGGUUGCGUGCCAAACGAGAGGAGAAGGGGCCUUCAGAACCUCAGACCACCGUUCCUGGAGGUGACUCUGCUGUGGAUCCCGCGCGUCGAACGUGUGCUGUGAUGCAGCGACCGGCAGCAAGUCCGGCGACAAAGGUCUGCAAACCUGCCAAGAAGCCUGCGUCCGCAGUUCCUGAAGCAAAGAAGCCCAAUCUUUCUUUUGAUGCAAAGCGAUGGGGGAGUUGCCGCGCCGAGUACUCCAGGGAGAAGAGCUACAUUCGCUGUUGGGACAGCAGAGAUGCCAAAUGGCGAAUGAUCAUUGGCUCCACCUCCGCGGACGGAAAACACGUUGAGAUCUGUGAGAAGUUGGUUCCCUAUGUGAAGCAGGGAAAAGAUAGGGAUGAACUCCAGCGCUUGCGCGCAAAACUGGAGUGA